AUGUCUGUCCAUGACCACGCGGACUCUGACGACCUGAACAUGGAGUCGCCCUCGAUAAAGAGCCAACCUGAAGCGUUGAAAAAUGGCGACUCGCGUUCGCGUACCUCCCGAUCACCUCUCCCGAAGAAGGAACCCUCCCCAACCUCCGACACCUCCGGCAACAUGAAGGAUAGCCUUGAGAUCAAGCAAGAAUCCCAACGGCCCAAGCUAUCUCGCAGCUCUUCGCAAGUGUCACGUCCGCCGCCGCUGUACACACACCUGCCGGAUAGCACCCAAGAUGCGCUCGCCACGUUCGAGCAGAUUCCCAGUUGCAUAUACGCCAACAAAUACAUGGGAUACACCGAACUGGCGAUGGAAUGCGAUUGCGCUGAAGAGUGGGAACCGAAGAUCGGCCAAAACCUAGCGUGUGGCGAAGACUCCGAUUGUAUCAACCGCGCUACCAAGAUCGAAUGUGCGGGCGACUGCGGCUGCGGCUCCGAUUGUCAAAACCAGCGUUUCCAGAAGGGCCAGUUUGCUUCUGUGGCGGUCAUCAAAACCGAGAAGAAGGGGUUCGGGUUGCGCGCGGAAACAAAUCUCAAUGAAGGCGAUCUGAUAUACGAAUAUGUUGGGGAGGUCGUGGCGGAACAGCAAUUUCGGAAGCGCAUGAGGCAGUAUGAUGAGGAUGGCAUCAAGCACUUCUACUUCAUGUCCUUGAGCACGGGUGAAUUCGUUGAUGCGACCAAACGCGGUAACCUCGGACGUUUUUGCAAUCACUCUUGCAAUCCUAAUUGCUUUGUCGACAAGUGGGUUGUGGGCGAGAAGUUGCGCAUGGGCAUCUUCGCCGAGCGUGCCAUCCAAGCUGGUGAAGAACUGGUCUUCAACUACAAUGUCGACCGCUACGGCGCGGAUCCUCAGCCUUGCUAUUGUGGAGAGCCGAUGUGCACGGGUUUCAUUGGUGGGCGCACGCAAACUGAGCGUGCGACUAAGCUGUCCAAUGCAACCAUGGAGGCCUUGGGUAUCGAUGACGAUGAAGAUAGCUGGGAUACCGUGGUGGCGAAGAGACCGAAGAAGCAGAAGCUGGGCGAGGAUGACGAUGACUAUGUGGACAAAGUGCAGCCCAAGUCGUUGGACGAGGACAGUGUCACCAAGGUCAUGGCGGCUCUUGUGCAGUGUCAAGAGAAAUGGAUCGCUGUCAAAUUGCUGGGCCGUAUUCAACGGUGUGAGGAUGAGCGCGUGCGCAAUCGCGUGGUCAGGAUGCACGGAUACCAGAUUCUCAACUCGCAGCUCGCUCAAUGGAAGGAAGACACGAAUGUGGUGCUGCAGAUCAUGAACAUCCUGGACGGAUUCCCUCGACUGACGCGAAACAAAAUCCAAGAUUCCAAGAUUGAAGCGAAUAUUCAACCGCUGACAACUUGUGAUGAUGAACGCGUGGCAAAAAAAGCGGCUGCUUUGCUCGCAAGCUGGGCUGGGCUGGAAGUCGCGUACCGAAUUCCUCGUAUGAAGCGUGGCAAGGAUGCGAAGCACGCGGUCAACCAGUUCGAGCGCCGCGAGACUGGAGGCCAGCAGCGCCAGCGAUCUCCGACGCGCUCCCCGUCUCCUGUUUACGACGCUCCGCGAGGACCGGCGCAGCAACGAAGAGACCGAGGUCCUCAGCGUGGACCCAGACAACAAAACCGCCGUGGCCCUCGGCCAUUGCCUGAGGGAUGGUUUACUGCAGAGUCGGAGGGCCGCACGUACUAUUAUUCUGCUUCUGGAAAAACAACUUGGGAGCGGCCGACUGUGCCUGCAACCCCAACCACUCCUGCGCCAGGGCAGCAUUCGAAAGUCAAGCAGAACCUGGCAUUGCAGAACAUCAUUGAUGGAAUUAUGAAUGCUCAGGAGGAAACACCCUCCGAGCAUAAGACCGAUACACCGGCUACGCCUCAGCCUGCUGAUCUGCCGGAGAAAAAGAGCAAGGAUGGGGAGAAGUGGAGGAAGUAUCCAUUGGAGAAACAGAAGAAAAUCUACGAGAAUACUCUUUUCCCUCACAUCAAGUCUGUUGUCGACCAGUACAAACACAAAAUUCCGAAGGACGACCUAAAGCGAUUUGCUAAGGAGACUGCCAAAAAGCUUGUUGAAAGUGACUACAAAAAGAACCGCGUAACGGAUCCCACCCGGAUCAGCGGCAAGCACCAGCAAACCGUCAAAAGCUACUGCAAGACCUUCUUCGACAAGGCGGCGAGCAAAUACGAGACUCGCGAGAAGCGCAAGACCGAAAAGUCAGCAGAGGCAACUCCAGUCGCCGACGCAGACACCCACAUGUCCGUCGAAGAAACUACCGCCACCACCUCGCCCUAUGCCGCAGACGACGACGACGCCGCCUCCCUCAAGCGCAAGCGCGAGGACCCCAUGAACGUUGACGGCGCAGACAACGGCGGCAGCUCACCAUCCAAACGACAGAAAUCCACACCUCCCCCGCCACCCCCUCCUCCCCCUCCAGCAGCAGAAAAAUCCCAAGACGACGGCGACGGCGACACCAGCAUGGCAAACGCGGAAGACCCGUCUCCCCCGAAAGACUCCUACGAUGUCAAUAUGGAGGAAACGGAGACACCGAGCCAAAACCCCCAGAUCAGCAUCGAGGGAUAG